GCCCGCCUGCGCCGCCUGGCGGAGGCCGCGGAGGCCUCCGCGCAGCUGGCGCGGUGGUGCUGCGGCUGCGCGGGGGCGCAGGAGCCCCAGCGGCCGCAGGCGCCGGUCCUCUGGCUGGAGCAGGCCGCCACCACGCUUCGGCGGCUCGGCCUGCCGCCCGUCUUCCUGGCGCCGGCGGAACAGGCUCCACUGUGGCGGCCGAGCAACUCUGCGACCAUAAUGGUGAGCGACAACGUCGAUUGGUGCUUGAUACAAG